AUGUUCUAUUUUCGGAAAUUUUAUUUAUUCAUUCUUUAUUUCUUUUUAGUACUCAUGGAAAUGCUCGAAAAGAGCAACUUACCAGAAAAACCACAAAUUGUUGGCCUAACAGCUUCUAUGGGUGUAGGCGAUACAAGUUUGGAUAUUAAAGCCUGUUGUGAACAUAUGCUUAAUCUGUGCUCUAAUUUACAUUCAGAAACUAUAACUACUGUUAGACAUCAAUUAGAUAAUUUGAAAAGUCAUGUUAUGCCUCCUGUUGAUAAAGUUACACGUGUCAAGCGUCCUGCAGAGGAUCCUUUCCUUGAUUGUGUAGAAGGUGUAAUGUAUAAAAUUGAAAAUGAAAUGAAGCAACCUUUGCAAAAAUUGGCAGAACUGUGUAAAUUGAGAAAAGAGGAAAUUGAAUUUCCCUUUCAUUCAAACAUUUCUCGUUAUCAAACAAUUGUGGGUAAUCUUAAAAAAUGUGCUCAACGAGUUCAGGAUUCUGAAAUGCGGUUUUUAUUGGUUAGAUCGAUUGACCAUUUAUCUGUAAGUUUUGAGGAAUUUUUUUAUUUGUCGAAUUUUUAA